AUGAUUUUCUUGUCAGGGGCCGCAGAAAUCAAUCAUAUCAUACGAUCUAGAUCGGAUUCGUCUGAGGACAAAACAUACCACCUAUCUGGCGGCGCAAUAACCGGAGUAGUCGUCGUGUCGUUUGCAGCAGUGACAAUAGUGCUGCUUUGGAUAUUCAGGAAGCAGCUCGUUAUCUGCUGCAGCCGCAGAAAACAGCCUGUCGCCGACGAGGAGCAGACAUUACCUUCACCCACGUAUGCUCCUUCGCAAAGGCAGUCUGCGCUACAAGAUGCGCCUUACCGGGAUGGCUCAGCCUGGCAAGCUUUCGAAAUGUCCUCAGAACAAAAUGCCAUCCACGAAAUUGGGCAGCCUGAUCCGCACGAGCUUGGGUCCCUGGAUGUUAAGCCCAAGGGGCAUGGACGGGUAAUCCAUGAAUUAAACUAG